AUGGCUGCCACUGCCGGAGUGAUACGGUUGUACGCAUGCGUAAGGUAUUGGCCCUACCGAGGAGUUGGUAAGAGUGCUUCAGUGCAUAAUUUGGUAUCAUUUCCAUUGCCCCUGGAUAUAGCACUUUAUAUCUAUUUGUGCAUAGAUAUCCAAGUAGGAAAAAAAAAUUAAUUACAAUCCAAAGACAUUGUAAGUUUUUCUCUAUAGGUUGGCUUUUUAAAUCUGAGGUCUGUUAUGACAAAUAUGGAUGCUUUGACCUUCAUCCGAAUCUUCUGGUGCAGUUUCCACAAGAACCAUCCAAACUUGGAACAUCUUUUCUCCUAUUUACCAGGAAAAACAGUCGGACUGCGAAAAUCAUUGAUGACAGCGAUGUAAACAAGCUCAGAGAUUCAUUUUUCGAGAUUUCCAGACGGACGAUUUUUCUUAUUCAUGGAUUUACAGGUAAAGUCCAGCUUUUACUAAUUCUAAAGCUGAUCAAAUUAAACAUUUAUUACUAA